AUGGAAACAGAAAAUCAUCAAUAUGGAGAGGUAAAUCAGCUUGGAGGACUAUUUGUGAACGGGAGACCUUUACCUACAAAUACUCGCGCGAAAAUUGUAGAACUGGCUAGACUCGGAAUUCGACCGUGUGAUAUAUCUCGUCAAUUACGUGUUAGUCAUGGAUGUGUAUCGAAAAUUCUUGCUAGAUAUCAUGAGACAGGGUCUAUCCUACCAGGAGCAAUUGGUGGAUCUAAGCCUAGAGUAACUACACCAAAAGUAGUAAGAUACAUUAAAGAACUGAAACAAAACGAUCCCGGAAUAUUUGCAUGGGAGAUUCGAGAUAAACUUCUCUCUGAAGGUGUAUGUGAUAAGAACAGUGUACCGAGUGUUAGCUCGAUUUCCAGAAUUUUAAGAAAUAAAUUGGGUCUUUUGAAUCGACAAAUUCAUACAAAUAACACUAAUUCAAAUGCCAUGUACAACCCAGUUUAUUCAAUUUAUGGUCCAAACGAAUGUAUCAAAACGGACAGAACAGUGAGCAGUGAUGUCAAUAUUCGUAGACACCAGAGACCUAGACCAACAUACCCAGUCAGCGGCAUAAUGAUAGAUCUACCACAUUUCAAUCAAUCAACCCCAAUCAAUGCAGCCUCAUCUAGUUUUUAUAGAGACACCACACAAAGUUCGAUGAGUUACUACUUUUGUGUUCAAAAUGACUCUGAAAUUUACACCUAA